CCUUUUCGCAGUAUGGAAGUUAUAUCAGAACGACACACAUUUUCAUCAAAAUGGCAAAAUUAAUAUACUUCGUUUUUGCGAUAUUGUCAGUCGUGGGGACAGCAAGGCUUGCUUUAGGACUUAGAACAGAGCAUAUUUCUACUUCGCCAGGCUACAUCGUGGCAUGGGAAAUUACGGACGCAUCGACUAGAAAUGCUACCAUAACAUUUGACCUAACUGUGCAAACGACGGGAUUUGUUGGGUUUGGAAUUUCCAAAAAUGGCGGAAUGGGCGGGGCUGAUAUCGUGAUCGGGGGCGUCUUUCCAAAUGGAACGGCAUAUUUUUCAGACCGAUACGCUCCUGGCAAUGGAUUUCCCCCAGUGGACACAUCCCAGGACUGGGUUCUUCACUCAGCAUUAGAAAACGACACGCACACUGUCCUCCGCGUAUCUCGUUUGUUGGACACUUGCGACCUGGAAGGAGACGUUGUUAUUACAAGAGACACCUUCCGUUACAUCUGGUCAAUUGGCGCCACUGACGAUAUCGAAUACCACGGAUCCGACAAUAGGGGAUCAUAUGCCGUCAACAUCUUGGCAGAUGCUUACCCCGACGUCGACUUGUCAUUGUUUGACACUUUCGACGCCAUAACAAAUAUUACAUUGCCGUCGAAGGAUACGACGUAUUGGUGCACGGUCCAUAGAUCACCGGUUUUUAAUGGAAAACAACAUGCUGUUGCAUUUGGACCUGUGUUGCUGGGACCGGCGUCGAAACAUUCUCACCACUUGAGCUUGUACUCUUGCACCCCACCCGAGGGCGAAGAUCCAGUGGAAUUCUUUGAAAAAUACAUCACACAAGGCGGCAUCGACUGCUUGGAACCUGAACCUGGUUCAAUUUCCGCGUACCGGUAUUGUACCGAAUUGGUGUACACCUUCACCAUUGGAGGAAGGAUUAUGCACAUGCCAGAAGGAGUCGGAUUUCCGAUUGGAGAAGAUACUAACAUGUAUUACCUAAUGGAGAGUCACUUUGACAAUCCUGACCAACUUUCGGACGUUACGUUUGAAACUGGAGUGAGAAUUUACCACACGUCUGAUUUGAGACCCAUUGAAGCUGGAGUUAUGAGAAUUGGACAAAUGUACGAUUACAACUUUGUAAUCCCACCAUCCUCCACGAAUUACGUGGUCGUGGGUCACUGCAGCUCGAAUUGCACGUCUCAAUGGGUUCCUGCCGAGGGUGUCGAUAUUUUUAAUGUCAUGCUGCACUCCCAUGCAUAUGGUACCAAAAUGAAGGUCCGCCAAUUCCGGAAUGGGACGGAACAACCGUGGGUGCUAAAUGAUGACAAUUACGAUAACGACUAUCAGGAUAAUCGGAACAUUCCUCUUGUAAAAUUCAUGCCAGGAGAUCAAAUGGCUAUAGAGUGUCACUACGAUAACUCAAUGUUGUCACCUCCUUCCGGUGUUUUGGGUGGAUUUGGGACGCGACGAGAAAUGUGUGAAGUUGUUUACUACUAUUACCCGAAGAUGGGAUUGGAAAACUGCCGGAGUAAUAUUUUGAAGCAGAAUAUUCUCAACUUUUUUGGAGUUUCGGUUGAGGAAAUCGAUGACUCUCUCACAAAUCCAAUCAUCACAGCUCCGCCGCCUUUGGCUGGACUUCGUUUCCUGGAAUAUAUUAAUCUGAUCGUGUGGAACGACGUGGUUCGUGGCCAGUUGGAACAAUUGAUGCGCUACUCACUGCACGAGGAGCAAUGUGGUGGCGAUGGCUUCCAAAAAAUGGCUCAAGAAGAAACAUAUUACGUUACAUAUCCCGAAAUAGUGGAAGAAUAUGUGCCACCGAAUUCCGAGUGUCCAACCCAGAAUUAAUUUCCCAAUUUAUUAAAGUCCAAAAUGAAUAUUUGGAAUCGAGUUAAAUUUGUGAAUUGAAUAAACUAAAUUAUUCAUUGCAAUUAUUAAUUAA